AUGGUCAACCACAUUGAAGUGGCUUAUACUCCAACAAAAUCCAGUUCAGCUCAAUCAAACCUCCCACAUACCAUCCAACAACCGACAGGACUACUAAAGGAUCCUUGUGACUGGCAUCAUUAUUCAACUGUUAACGCCUUAUUCCUCACUAUUUCGUGUUGCAUUAUUAUUAUAGGUCUCCAGCCUCUUGGCAUCCUGACCGUGUUGGAAGAAAACAUCACAAAUGUCACUGAGUUCAUUCUAGUGGGCUUCCCUACUACCUUCUGGCUUCAGAUCCUGCUUUUCAUCCUAUUCCUUGGAACCUGCCUGUUAGUAUUGGUGGAGAAUUUGGUCAUCAUCCUCACUGUCUUGACCAAUGUUUCCCUCCACAAGCCCAUGUACUACUUUCUUGGUGCUACAUCCUUCCUGGAGAUAUGGUACAUCACUGUCACUGUUCCCAAGAUGCUAGCUGGCUUUCUCCUUCACCCCAAUGCUAUCUCAUUUUUGAGCUGCAUGACUCAAUUCUACUUCUUUCCUUCACUUGCUUACACAGAAUGUGUGCUCCUGGCUGCCAUGGCAUAUGACCAUUAUGUGGCAAUCUGCCAGCCACCUCACUACCCAGUCAUCAUGACUAUAGACUUCUGUAUCCAGCUGACUGCUACUAGCUCUUGGAUAUGUGGCUUCUCUAUUGCUGUAAUCAAGGUCUAUUUUAUUUCAUGUGUCACCUUCUGUGGUAACAAUGUGUUAAAUCACUUUUUCUGUGAUGUUUCUCCCAUCCUCAAAUUGGCCUGUAAGAACAUUUCCAUGGCUGAGAUGGUUGACUUUAUCCUAGCCAUUGUUAUUCUUGUAUUCCAUUUCUUAGCCGCUGUUCUCUCCUAUGGCUUCAUUAUAUCCACUGUCCUGCAUAUCCCCUCAGCUUCUGGACAGCAAAAAGCCUUUUCUACCUGUGGUUCCCACCUCACAGUGGUGAUAAUAUUUUAUAUGGCUGUAAUUUUUGUGUAUGUUCAACCCCGAGCUAUUGCUUCAUUUAAUUCCAACAAACCGAUCUCAGCCAUAUAUGUAGUAUUUACACCUAUGCUGAAUCCCAUCAUUUAUUGUCUAAGGAACCAGAAGGCCAAAAGUGCCAUCAGAAAAACCCUGAGCAGUGGCUGGAUCAAAUCCUAGGAGAUUCAUCAUUCUAAACUCUUAUUUAUGAGUCAAAUAUGGUCCUGAUAAUCAAAUUCACCUGAAAUAGAGUAGUAAAAGAAAUAAAAGAAGACAGAAAAAAGGAGAAACAGACAUUUUUCAUGAUUGUGUCAGACCAGUAUGACAAACAUGGAAAAAUUAACCAUAUGAAUUUAUAGAUUUAUUAUUAUUCUAAUCCAAUAUAUAAUUGGUUACCAAAUAGAC